AUGGAAUCGGCAUCUCCUUGUUCUCAUCGUAGAUAUCUGAUCUAUCCCGACGAAAAGGUGUUGUCCAAGGCCGAUCAGAACCGUGGCGACCGAGCCAAUGACUCGAUCUACGACGAUCGGGAUCCUCUAACCGAUCUCGAAAUCUCCCCGGUGUUCUUUGAUCACGACUCUCUAGCAGUCGGGCAAAAUGCCUACGAAAUGAAGAUUCUGGGACCCUGUGAAAACCAACUCGUUGCUGUCUGUCAUGAUUUCGUUGACGAUUGA